AUGUCUAUCCCAAAAACUCAAAAAGGUGUUAUCUUCUACGAAUCCAACGGUAAGUUGGAGCAUAAGGACAUCCCAGUUCCAAAGCCAAAGCCCAACGAAUUGUUGAUCAACGUCAAGUACUCCGGUGUCUGCCACACAGAUCUGCAUGCUUGGCACGGUGACUGGCCAUUGGCAACUAAGUUGCCAUUAGUUGGUGGGCACGAAGGUGCCGGGGUUGUUGUUGCCAUUGGGGACAAUGUUAGAGGCUGGAAGGUGGGUGAUCUUGCCGGUAUUAAAUGGUUGAACAGUUCAUGUAUGGCCUGCGAAUACUGUGAAUUGGGCAACGAAUCCAACUGUCCUCACGCUGACUUGUCUGGUUACACACACGACGGUUCUUUCCAACAAUACGCUACCGCUGACGCCGUGCAAGCCGCCCGUAUUCCUGAAGGCACCGACUUGGCCGAAGUCGCCCCAAUCUUGUGUGCCGGUAUCACCGUAUACAAGGCUUUGAAGUCAGCCAACUUGAGAGCAGGUCACUGGGUGGCCAUCUCAGGUGCUGCUGGUGGUCUAGGUUCUUUGGCCGUUCAAUACGCUAAGGCCAUGGGCUACAGGGUUUUGGGUAUUGAUGGUGGUGAAGGUAAGGAAGAGUUGUUUACCUCCCUUGGUGGUGAAGUUUUCAUCGACUUCACCAAAGAAAAAGACAUUGUUGGCGCGGUCGUCAAAGCUACCGAUGGAGGUGCUCACGGUAUUAUCAACGUUUCCGUUUCCGAAGCCGCUAUCGAAGCAUCCACCAGAUACUGUAGGGCCAACGGUACUGUUGUCUUAGUUGGUUUGCCAGCCGGUGCAAAGUGUUCUUCUGAUGUCUUCAACCACGUUGUUAAAUCUAUCUCCAUCGUCGGCUCUUACGUGGGAAACAGAGCUGACACUAGAGAAGCUUUAGAUUUCUUUGCCAGAGGUCUAGUCAAGUCUCCAAUAAAGGUUGUUGGCUUGUCCAGUUUGCCAGAAAUUUACGAAAAGAUGGAGAAGGGCCAAAUUGCUGGUAGAUAUGUUGUUGACACUUCUAAAUAA